GUAGGAAUAUCUUAGUAAUUUUUCAUAUAUAAAAUAAAUGCUGCAUUUCUUGUUGGAAAAGUUUAAACCUUAAACCCCCGGUAACUGCAUUUCUUUCCUCUCAUCAGCGAUUGAUCGAAAUUUCCCAAGUGAAGAAAGAUAAACAUGAAAGUUCCGAACGUUCCCCGCCGUCGUGCUGCCUCUGCACUGAGGAAAUUGGGAGUUAUUGGUGGAAUUGGCUUGUAUGUUGCUGGUAAUAGUCUUUACAAUGUUGAAGGAGGUCACCGAGCUAUUGUUUUCAACCGGCUUGUUGGUGUCAAAGACAAGGUUUAUCCUGAAGGAACACAUUUUGUAGUUCCAUGGUUUGAGAGGCCGGUAAUCUAUGAUGUCCGUGCGCAUCCCCAUUUAGUCGAGAGUACUUCCGGGAGUCGUGAUCUCCAGAUGGUGAAAAUUGGGCUUCGAGUUCUUACCCGUCCUUUGCCAAACCAGUUACCUACAGUUUAUCGAACCCUUGGCGAGAAUUAUAAUGAAAGGGUUUUACCUUCAAUCAUACAUGAAAGUUUGAAAGCUGUGGUUGCCCAAUACAAUGCCAGCCAGCUUAUUACCCAACGAGAGGCUGUUAGUCGUGAAAUCCGAAAGAUCCUGACUGAGAGGGCAGCCAACUUUAAUAUUGCUCUUGAUGAUGUGUCAAUUACUAGUCUGACCUUUGGCAAGGAGUUUACUGCUGCAAUUGAAGCCAAGCAGGUGGCUGCACAAGAAGCUGAGAGGGCCAAAUUUGUUGUGGAAAAAGCUGAGCAAGACAAGAGAAGUGCUAUCAUCAGAGCACAGGGUGAGGCUAAAAGUGCCGAACUGAUCGGACAAGCCAUUGCCAACAAUCCAGCUUUCAUCGCACUGAGGAAGAUUGAAGCUGCAAGAGAGAUUGGACACAUCAUAGCAAAUGCAGCAAACAAGGUUUACCUGAAUUCAGAUGAUCUUUUGCUGAAUCUUCAGGAGAUGAAUUUGGAGCCUGGCACAAACUGAGCUGGUUAAUUGGCAUUCUGAUUUAAUAUUGCUUCGUGAAAUAAUCUAGAUUGUUGAAUUUUAUAUUUUGCAAAGUUAAUUCAACUACCAAGAGUGUGUAGCUUAUCUGUAUCAUCGUUACAUCUUUCAUUAGGACAUGUAUUGUCUGCAUUAUGUGGCCUAUUCUUGGUUGGGCUCUUACCCUAUGAGUUUGAAAUAGCAUGAUUAUAAUGUGCAAGCAAACUGCAAAGGGUAUGUCAUGUCCCGACAUCUAUGAAGUUGUACUUAGCGUGUGUUUGGCUGUUUCUAGAAUUGAAUUGGAAAUAAAGAAAAACUAGCUUCUACGA